AUCGCCGAAUUGACAGAUUCUGCAUUUGACUGUUACAAUAACCUGGAAAAUUUAUCAAAACCAAAACAUCAUGUCUCUGUUUAGAAAACCCAAGAAAAACAUCGUCCAGCGGCGGGUUUUCACAGAAAACGAUGAGGACGACGAAGAGCAUGAUGCGGACCUUCAUCAGGCCGCCUUGCAAGAGAAAAAGCCGAAGAAAAAGUCCAAGGAGAAGAAACCCACUCAAACGCUCCUCAGCUUCGAAACUGAAGAAGAGGGCGAAGUGUUUCAAGUGAGAAAGUCGUCGCACCACAAAAAGGUGAUGCGAAUGUUCGAGAAGGAGAAAAAGAAAAAGGAGCGGCCCGAAAAGGAGGAGCCCAAGCCCAAAGACGACAAGACUGAGGUGGUGACUGAUGAUCUGGUUUUGGUUGUGAAUCAGAGCCACAAAAAGCCUGCCACUCCUCCGCCUCCGGUGCUAAGCGGGCGCGAUGCUUUGUGCGCUGGGAAAGAUGAUUUAUCAUCCGAAGACGACGAAUCCGACGCAACAGUGCAUCGCUUUUCCAAGCCGGAUAAUGUGAAGAAAGUGCUGGAAUCGGGCGCUAUUCCCGACGCUGCGAUGAUCCACGCAGCGCGAAAAAAGCGGCAGCGCGCCCGGGAAAUGGGCGAUUUUAUCGCUGUCGAAGAAGAAGAGCCAGAGGACACAGGGCGCCUGAUCAGGGACGACGACAAUGAGGAGAGCGACGAGGAGCGCAUCGACAUGGACAUCAACCUGGCGAAACGGGACCAGGAGCGGAGGCGUGAGCAGUUCCUGCAGGCGCAGGACUCCGAUCAUGAGCUGGAUGAAUGGGAGAAUCAACAAAUCAGAAAGGGAGUUACAGGCGCCGCCAUGACUGCCGCCCAAGAAAUGCUGAUGGACUACCAAACGGAACAGGAAACGCAAUCCAAAGCCAUCCAGCUGCAGCCUCCGCUAAUCGAUCCGGACAUCCCCAGAACGCCGGAAAUGAUAGCCGAGAAACUACGGGAGCGUUACGCGGACGCGUGCCAGGCCAAACAGCAACAUUUAGCAAAAUUACACAAAAUCCAAGAGGACAUCGAGCAAGCCAGCGAGGAGCUUGAGGACGUGAAGCUCAAAGCCCCAGAAGCAGCGGAAAAGUUCCGCUUCUAUCAGGAACUGCGCGGCUACGUGACCGAUUUAGUGGAGUGUUUGGACGAAAAAAUCGGGGCGAUAGCAAAUCUGGAGCAGCGCGCGUUGGACUUGAUGGGCGCCAUGGCGAAAUUUGUGAUCGAAAGACGUCGACAAGACGUACGGGAUCAAGCGGAUGAAGCCACUGGGAAGGUGCUGGUCAAGAAAGGUCCAGAGGACGAGGAGAAAGUGCGAAGAGCUGCAGAGAGGGAAGGCCGCCGAUCGCGUCGCCGAAGAACUCGUGAACUCUCUGCGGCGCCAGGCACAGCCAAACACGUGGAAGGCAUGUCGAGUGACGAAGAAAUGUCCCAGCAGGACAUGUUGUUCUUCGACAAAGAAAGGCUGGAAAUCGAGCAGGAGUUGCAAGAGAUUUUUGAGGACGUCGUCGAAGACUAUUCCUCAAUCGUGAAUAUCCUGAUAAGGUUCGAGCAUUGGCGCAGCAAAGAUUCUGCGGCUUACAACGAGGCCUACGCGUCUCUUUGCCUGCCGAAGGUCGUCAGCCCCUUAAUCCGCCUGAAGCUAAUUCUGUGGAACCCUCUCACUGAAACCAAAGAGAUUGAGAAGAUGGACUGGUACAGAACCUUGGCCUUGUAUGGGCUUCAUGACGAUGAAACCGAAGGUGGACUGGCGAAGGACCCAGACGUGUGCCUCCUGCCCAACAUUGUGGACAAAGUCCUGGUCCCCAAACUCUCCAAUAUAGUGGACAGCUGUUGGGACCCGCUUUCCAGCAGUCAAACCUUACGCCUGGUCGGCUGUGUGGGCCGACUGAUCCGGAAAUACCCCACUUUAUCGCCGGACAGCAAAAACCUGGUCAAUCUCUUCAACGCCGUCUUGCACAAGAUGAAACUAGCGCUCGACCACGACGUGUUUAUCCCAGUCACUCCCAAGAUCUCCGACAGCAAGAACCAGUUCUUUCAACGGCAGUUCGCCUGCGGCUUGAAGCUGCUCAAAAACAUCACCAGCUGGCAGGGCAUCAUCAACGAGGCCAAACUCAAAGACCUGGCGCUCAACGCUCUGCUCAAUCGCUACCUGUUGAGUGCGUUGAAGUUUUGCUCGUUGACCGACGCCGGCCAGAAGAUGCGCCUGAUUAGCCAGAUCCUGCCGCGCGUUUGGCUGCAGGAAAACAUCCACGAGUUCAAGAUGUUCAUGUUGGCCAUCAGCAACUUGCAACAGCAGCUCGAUAAGAACAAUCCGCUGCAUCUGGAAUCGAUUGAUAUCCUGAAUGGGAUCCUGAAAACGCUGCGAUCGGCGCACAAGUGAAUUUUAUUCGGUUCCUUUGGGGCUCGGCUGUUGCUUUGAAUUACACAGACAUUUUACGGUUGAA